CGCGUCGCGGGCCUGCAACCUCCGGCUAGUUCCGAAGUUGGACUUCCCGGCCCUGAAGGGGGCCGGGAAGGUGGGGAGGUGGCGCCAGCGGGGACGGCCGGGCCUGGAGGGGCGGGGCCCUGGCUCAGCUCCCAGUUCCCGAGGCUCGGCUGAGAAGCCGGCCGGCAGCAGGACUGCUUCUCCCGAGCCGCCGAGCUGGACCUGGAGCUGGAACUCCGCGGGGCCGGGGCCCCGGGUGCCGGGCAGCGGCUCCUCCAGGCCGAGGCCGCGGCGGAGAAUGAGGCGGUGGCGGGUUCCCGGCGGAGCCGCCGGGCGGGAAGCAUGCUGCGCUGGUUCAUCACCGUGAUCCUGUGUGCCGCCUUCCUGGGUCUGGGAAUGAGUGUUGCCAUACUGGGACCCACAUUUCAAGAUCUGGCAACAAAUGUGAACCGCAAUAUUAGCAGUCUUUCUCUGAUUUUUGUGGGCCGUGCCUUUGGCUAUUUGAGUGGCUCUGUGAUUGGCGGAGUUCUUCUUGACGCCAUGAAUCAUUUUCUACUCUUGGGGAUGUCAAUGUUGGCCACGACAGUUGGUCUCUAUCUUGUUCCAUUCUGUAAGACAGCGGGAUUACUGAUUGUCAUGAUGUCCAUCUUUGGUGUUUCAAUUGGCAUUCUGGAUACAGGUGGUAACGUCCUAAUCUUGGCCAUAUGGGGGGACAGAGGAGCCCCACAUAUGCAGGCCUUACACUUCAGUUUUGCCUUGGGUGCCUUCUUGGCUCCACUACUGGCUAAACUGGCAUUGGGCACGACGGGGUCUGCUGACAACCACACAGAAGCUGACUCUCACAGUUCUCUCAACCAGUCGUCUGAAGCUGACUCAGAAUCUCUACUUGGAGUACCUGACAAUCUGAAUUUACUGUGGGCUUACGCUGUUAUCGGUACCUACAUUUUUGUAGUUUCUGUCUUUUUUUUGGCUCUGUUUUUGAAGAAAAGCUCAAGGCAGGAAAAAACCAAAGCAUCAGCUCAGAGGUCUCGGAGAGCGAAAUAUCACAACGCCCUUCUGUGUCUACUUUUUCUGUUCUUCUUUUUUUAUGUGGGGGCCGAGGUAACCUAUGGCUCUUACGUUUUCUCGUUCGCGACCACCCAUGCCGGCAUGAAGGAGAGUGAAGCAGCUGGGUUGAACUCCAUCUUCUGGGGGACCUUUGCAGCUUGCAGGGGCCUGGCAAUCUUCUUUGCUACGUGUUUACAACCUGGAACCAUGAUUGUGUUAAGCAACAUCGGCAGCCUGGGGUCAUCUUUACUGCUGGUGCUUUUCGACAAGAGCCCAGUUUGUCUCUGGAUAGCAACGUCAGUGUAUGGGGCCUCGAUGGCAACCACGUUUCCCAGCGGUGUUUCUUGGAUUGAGCAAUACACCACUAUCCAUGGGAAAUCCGCAGCUUUUUUUGUAGUUGGUGCUGCCCUGGGAGAAAUGGCUAUUCCUGCGGUAAUUGGAAUUCUUCAAGGAGAAUACCCUGAUUUGCCUGUAGUUUUGUAUACCUCUUUGGGGGCAUCGAUAGCCACUGCUGUUUUAUUUCCUGUGCUCUAUAAACUCGCCACCUCACCUCUCGAUCAACAGCGGAAAGAACACAGAAAAAGCGAGGACCAGAAAGCUUUGCUUUCCAGUUCUGAGCUAAAUGACUACGAGGAAGACAAUGAAGAAGAAGAUGCAGAAAAGUGGAACGAAAUGGAUUUUGAAGUGAUUGAAAUGAAUGAUACAAUGAGGAAUUCCGUAAUAGAGACAUCUAGAAAUAUUCUGAUGGAGCCCUUAGCUGAAGUCUCCAGUCACUCCCACUCCAGUGCAGUGGUGUUGGAGUCCUCUCCAGUUAAUACUGGCAAGUCCCCUGUGAAUCACUUGCAAGAAACCAGACUAAAAGGGACUAACACCUAGAGAAGAUGGAUUAUUUACUGACCUCCUUGAAUAGUCUCCAGUUCUAAAGAAGCCAGUCAGAGCAGAGCCUUAACAGAUUUUCAGCAUGCUUUGGGGAAUCAAAAUUUCUAGCUCAGAGUACAUUUAGCAAAUGCUAAAAAAGUUUUGGGAGGUUCUGUGAUUCCCAGAGUUUUCCAUAAAGAACAAAUGGUCUCAUACAGCAGGAUCUUGUUGUGAGGCUAGCGUUUGGCACGUGGCUGAGUCAGUAAUGUUUUAUGGUCUCCAUCCCUCAGAGCGUGCAAAGAAGGUGUUUGUUGUUGAGAGGUUGGGUGCCAUUCUAAAUAGUGUGUGAAACCGUCUAGCAGUUGAAUCGAUGAGCCGAACAAAUGAUCAGUCAUCAGUAUUCUGCCAGGGAAGUUGACGAGUGUCGUUUCAUAAAAGAGCAACUUUGCAAGUGGACAGGGAUUUUUUUCAUUGCUUUGCCCUCUCUGUAGUAGUGCACCAGAAAACGCUAAUCCUCAUUUGAUUUCUGAUUUCUGAUUUCUAUGAAGAGAACACAGAACAGGACCCGAGAGACCUGGCUUCAAACCUUGACUGCUGCUUCCUACUUAUCUGGUCCUGCACUCAGUCACUUAACUUACGCAGGCCUCAUUUAUCUUCUCUCCUGACUUGUGAUUCCAAAAGUGAAACUGAGGUGGUUUUCAAACUAGGAAUCCAUAAGUUUUUUUAUUUAAAGUAUAUGCAAGGGGAAGAAAAAAAAAACGUUUGUGCAAGAUGUCUGUAAGAAAUUAAUAUAAGUGCCAUCCAUUCUUCCUUUCAAAUGAGAAAUGAAGCAAAGUUGAUAGUUUUAAGCAUAGUACCAAUUGUGAAUACAUGUCAGUUUAAGAGACUCCAUGUUUAAUAAUGAUUUGCAAAACACAUUUUUAGUAUUUCAUCCAUUCUAAGAUGCACCUUUUUUCCACAUUUAUUUUCACAUUUUUAACAUCUCUGAAAUCAGACUUUGUCUUACAGUCAGUAGUCUCUUAACACUGACAAAAUUUAACUGAUGGUUGUCCAUGUACAUAUACGAAGUAAUGUGGCAUGUUACAAUCAGUGUCUUAAACAGUAAUCCAUUCAGUUAUGGAGAUUUUACUAUUUUUACAGAUAUUUUAAAGAGAAAAGUUAUUUUUAUAUGCUGACUUUCUUGAUGUUCAAGCAGGAUUUGGAGGUGCGAUGUUCCGACUUGAAAAGCUGUUUCUUCAGAGUUACUAUGUUAGUACAGCUGUGGACAGUGUCUACCUUAGCAACAGGCUCUGAGUCUGAGCCUUGCAUUUCCAGGACUCGCAUUUCCAGUGUCUAACUGAGCCUUGCAUUUCCAGGACUCGCUCCUCGUUGAGUCUGGCUGGUAAUCACAUUGUUAACACUGUAAACUAGGCUGCUAGUUUGAUUUACAAAGAGGCACAGUCUUUUCCAGUGUUGGGAAUAUUUGUAUCACCCAUCUAGGGCUCUUCCUUUCUGAGUUUGAAACAUCUGGGAAACCAAAAUAAUGAGUAGAAAGUGGCUUGGUAGCUUAGGGGUCCAGGGAUCACAAAGGGUACUUCAUAGGAGCGUGGCAAAUGACUAGCACUGAUGAUAGUUUUUGUUAGUUUUAUGGUGAAUAACAGUUAAUUUCUACUCGAUUGCGGUAUGUUUGCUUUCUCUUAUCUCAUUUCUAUAAUUUUGCCUUUGUUUUUUCCUAAGCAAAAUACGGUAUCUUUCUUAACCACUGCCCACUCACCUUCUCUACCUGCUGCGAUAGUCGUUUAUGUUUAAUAAUCUAGCACUUUUGGAGAAGGCUGGUGGAGAAAUGUACAGUAAAACGCCUAUUCUUGCUCUUUUUAUAUUGUACUUCUAGCUAGAACUUGGAGACCACCACUGCUGCAUUUAGUGUGUUUUCUCAGGUUGGUGGAAUUUAGGCUGUUGCUACUGUUUGGCAGCCAGGAGGCUUGCUGGAACAGGGAUUCUGUCUGCAGCAUCUACAUUUAAGGGGUAGAAGAUGCAGCUCGGGGAGAGAAGGAUGAUAAUAAGAACAUGGUGGCAAAUUUGGAAAUCCAAACUGGAAAAUCCACUAGAGUUCCACAAACCAAAAUGUGAAUGGCCAUGUGAGAUUAUAGGCAUUGUGAAAGUUUGAUGGUGUAUUUCCAUAUUGGAAGGAUAAGACUUAGUACAAUUCCAAGAAUUAGCAUUCAUCCUAAGCAGUUCUUAGGUAAGUGUCUGUUGAUCUGUGCGUAACCAGGAGUGAAGCUCUCUCUUGCUGAAGAGCAGAUUUAGCAGUUUGGACAUUUAUUAUCUCACAGUUUCUUGGGUCAGGAAUUUGGGCAUGACUUCCCCGGAUCCUCUGCUCAGGGUCUCGUGGGGCUGCGGUCAAGUCGUUGGGUAGGGCUGUGCUCCUUUCUGGAGCAUCGGGUUCUCUUCCAGGGCUAUGUGUGCGAUGGUUGACAAUCCUCAGUUCCUUGCUGUGGUAGGCUGAGGUCCCUGUUAUUUUUCUGUCAGCCAGCACCGGUACCAAUUCCCAGAACCUCCCACGGGUUUUUUUGUUUUUUUUUUUUUUUUUUGCCAACCAGGCCUCUGUAGAUCCUCUCACAACAUGGCAGCCUAUUUCUUCAAAGCCAGCAGGAGAAUCUCUCACCUGAGUCCACUCUGCUGGAAUCUUCUAUAACAUAAUCACAGGAGUGACCUCCCGUCACCUUUGCCAUCUGCGCUUGGCGGGAAGCAAGUCAUAAAUUCUACCCAAACUCCAGGGGAGAGGCUAAUACAGAGAUGUGACUCAUAGGGGGUCGCCUUAGAGUGUGUUUGCUAUGCUCUGGUACCUAUAGAACCAAGGUUUAAGAGAACUAAAAAGUUUGAGCUGGGGAAAAGAAACCCUCAGAAGUCAUUGAAAGUGAUAUAGGUACCAAACCGAGUGAACUAAUGUGGGGAUGGAAGGCUCCCCAUAGGCCAGGCCAACAAACCUGAUAGGGGAGAAUCUCUUUGUUUGUGGGGCACUGGAUAGGCUAACUCCGAGUUACGCCUUUUUUUCCCUUGACAUUUUAUUUUAUGUCCUUUACCACUAUGCUUUUAGCCUGUUCAAAUGCAGCUUACUAUGAGGGAAAUAGGUAAAUUUCAGUUUAAUUGUAUUUUCAUAGUAAAGUCCAAGAAGACGUUGAGAGCAUUUUUCAAUUACUCUUCUUUUUUAAAGAAAAAUUGUUUUUAAAAAUCAGUUUUUAUAAAUUUUUUUAAUGUUUAUUUUUGAGAGACACAGACAGAAUGUGAAUGGGUUAGGGGCAGAGAGAGAGGGAGACACAGAAUCCGAAGCAGGCUCCAGGCUCCGAGCUGUCAGCACAGAGCCCAACACGGGGCUCGAACUCACUAGCGUGAGAUCAUGACCUGAGCUGAAGUCAGACGCUCAACUGACUGAGCCACCCAGGUGCCCCUAAAAAUCAGUUUUUAUUAUAUAAAAGUAAUGAGGGUCAAGUAUAAGUAAUUUAUACGAAGAAGGUCAUGCUGGAAGAUUAGGGAAGUACAUAAAAAUGUAAGGGACAAGUGUAAGUAAUUUAUAUAGUUUUUAUUUACUUUAUUUUUUAAAAGUAAUCUCUGUGCCCAACGUGGGGCUGGGACUUAGGACUCUGCGAUCAAGAGUCUUAUGUUCUACUGACUGCACCAGCCAGGCCUGUAUAAGUAAUUUAUAAUUUUAAACACCUAAAAAAAGUUCUUAAUUUCUCAUCAAUGUAAUUUCCUGGGUAAAGAGGUUAAAAGAGAAUUUCCUCCUACCAGAUAAAGUUUCAGAAACAACUUGAAUUUUGUGUCCAGAGUACAUGGACACUAUAGUUGACGGACUGGUUGUUAGUUUGAAGACUUGUAACUUAUAUAUAUAUAUAAAAAUAAAUAAAACCAUAGCAACGUAUCACUCAGUCUUGCCACUUAAAAGUUAUCACUAAAAUCGAGCUUGAAGUUCUUAAUGGAAGAACAUCUGUUCUCCUGGGAUACCCUGUGUCUGUGUGUGUUAAGGGACAGUUGUUUUGUUCACAGUGCUGUGAAUGUGUGUGUGUUUGCAUAUGUGAACUCACAGAUAUCAUGUGGGUUUGAUAUUUUCCUAUACUCGGGGGGUGCAGUGGGGGUAGAGGUGGCAGAGAAGGGAUACAAAAAAGCUUGAGGUAUGAUUCCAAGUUUGUUAGAGAUGUUCCUUUUUUUUUUUUUUUUUUUUUUUUUUGGAGAGCAUGAAGGGGAGAGAAUCUUAAGCAGGCUCCGUGCUCGGCACAGAGCCUGAUCCCACAACCCUGGGAUCGUGACCUGAGCCAAAAUCAAGAGUCAGACACUCAACUGGCUGAGCCACCCAGGUGCCCAGAAACGUUCCUUUUUUUAACUGAAAUUUUUAUCGUGAUUAUUACAGAUUUUCAUGCAGUUGUACAUAGUGGCUCUUUGUUUUUUGUUUUCAAAUUUCCUGAGUGAGGAAUCCUUUUCUCAGUCUGCAAGGGUAGAGCACUAGACUAGCACUUCUCAAACUGUAAUGUGCAUUUGAGUUGCUUGUUAAAAUGCAGAUUCAAAUUCAGUACUGCCUGGGAUAGGGGCUGAGAGUCUACGUUUCUAACAAACUCUUAGGAGAUAGGGAGCUAUUGGCCUGGGGACCGACCACUUUGGGUUGCAAGAUUCACUUUUUGGGAAUGUCAAAUUCUUUACUGCGUUGGGGAAUUCAGUUUGUUUUUGUUUUAGCUUCUCUAAAUCUGACCUUAAAUCUGUAGGAGUCUAUAGUCCCCAUGUACUCCCUCCUCUUUCUUACACACACACUCUCUAGGACUCUGUUCUGAAUUCUCUCCAGUCCUCUCCGUUUACUGUAUUCACUGUUGAAUAUUUAUUCCUUAUGUCUGUUGAAUGCCUCCUAUUUGGCAGUCUCUGGGGGAGAUGCUAUGUGUACACGGGUGAGAAGAUGAGGAGGUUUCUCCCUCCGUGGAACUUGGCCUCUAGGGCAGUACUGUCCAGUAGAGUUUUCCAUAAUGAUGAGAACGUUUUACAUCUGCGCUGCCCAGUAGCCACUGGCCACAUUUGGUGAAUUGAGCCCUUGAAAUAUGGCACGUAAGACAUAGAAAGUGAAUUUUUAAUUUAAAUAUCUACAUUAGCUGGUGGCUUCCAUAUUUGAUAACGCAGGUAUAGUGGGAGAAACAAGUGGGAGAAACAUCACACAAGAUGUUUCCAGGAAGAUUUUAUUUUCUGCUAUAUUAGAAAUUAACAACUAUUUGGGGUCAGAAAAGUUGUCAUAGAUACCUUCUCAAACGGCAUAAUGUAAGUUAUCAUGGCACUUAAGAAAGGCCUGGUUUUAAUGGGUUAUAGUGGUAGACAGUGGUGUUCAGUGAUCUAAAAGAGGUUUAUCUUUCCAUGUGUGUUAAGGAAGCAAACCCAGGCUGGGUCAUGUUGGUGGCCAGGAGGAUUUAAGCUCCUCCCACUGAAUGCAUUUGAGCUAAGUUGAACUUGACUUGGAUUUUUAUUUAGCUAUAAAUAGUUUCAUAUUUAAUAAGUUCUAAAGUUUCAUAACAUUGAAUUUUGGCAGAGAUAAUUUUUCUAUAUAUUCCAGCAUUUUUUGGGUAAUUGUCUUAACUCUGUGUUCUCAUGUCCUCGAUUUCUGCCUUUUUAUUUCUUUUAAUUCUUGCAGAGAAGAUCCCUUAGUUUCUUACACUGUGGCUGUUAAUUCUCAUAUAUUGUCUUUCUUUUGGCUUGUAUUUUUAAUUGCAGAAUGCCUUUCAUGUCUGGUCUCUAAGUUUAUGGCAAAUUGCCUUUGAUGUGUUUAUAUAUAUUAAUAAAAAACGUUGAAGUUAUCAGAUGACAUGACUGACUUAAGGCAUUUUAGCCUCUGAACAAUUUGUUGAGAUUAUAGGGUGCUUUUUAAAAGAGUUAUUUUUAGUUAAGUAGUUCACAUUAUUGUGCAACCAUCACUACCAUCAUUCACAAAACUGAAACUCUGUAACCCAUUAAAUGCUCUAACUCCCUAUUCCACCCUCCUCCCAGCCCUGAAAACGAUCAUUCUAUUUUCUAUCUCUACAAAUUUCACUACUCUACACACCUCAUAUAUGCAUCACACAGUAUUUGUCUCUAAGUGCCUCAUAAAUGGCAUCAUACAAUAUUUGUCCUUUUAUGGCUUGCUUAUUUCACUUAGCAUAAUGUCUUCAGGUUUCAUCCAUGUUGUAGCACGUGUGAGAAUUUCCUUUGUAAGGCUAAGGGAUAGUCUUUUGAGUGCACAUUUUGUUUAUCCGUGUAUCUAUUAUAUAGACUCUGGGAAUUGUGAAUAAUGGCAAUUGUGAAUAAUGCUGCUAUGGAAAUUGAUGUACAAACAUCUGUUUGAAUUUCUGCUUGUAAUUCUUUUGGGUGUCCCCACAAGUGUGAUUGCUGGAUUAUAUGGUAGUUCUGUUUUUGAUUUUUUUGGGUGCUUUCAUUAUUUGGCUUAGAUAUCUGUUUUUUCAGAAGAAACCAACUAUAGGAAAGAGGAUAGAGAAACCCAUGCUUUUGUUAGCACGGUUUCAAACUCUAGGCAGACUUCUAGCCCGUUAUAAUCAAGUUAGUAUCACCCACAUCCUGAGUAGAUGGAAGAUUCUAUCAGACAUCUACCUCAAAGUUUUGUUAUCUCUACUUCAGAAUUUUUUUUUUAAUUUUUUAUUCAGUCAUUGAGUAAGUGUUUGAGAGCUUCUUUGUUUGAAAUCCUGCCUGAAAUGAAACCAAACCUGGACCUUUUGGAGGUUGCCCUUCUAGACAGAUUUUCACUAGUUUUGAUUUGGGGGGCUUGAAGUGGUAGGGAUGACCUUGUAAAUUGAGUACCUCUGUAUUUAAGACUGCUCACUACUUACAUGGCUUUGUACAAUGUAAAGCUUAUUUGAAUAAAAUAUUGAUAUAAAUAAAUGGUAAUGUUGGCUUCAGAUAA